CAGACCCCCAGCUGCUCUGCGGACUGUAGCCUCAUCAACAUGCGUGAAAUUGUACAUCUGCAAAUUGGACAAUGUGGCAACCAGAUUGGCUCCAAGUUCUGGGAAGUGAUCAGUGAAGAGCAUGGGAUCAAUGCAACAGGCAUCUAUGAAGGAGACAGUGACCUCCAGCUGGAGAGGGUCAACGUCUACUUCAAUGAGGCAUAUGGCGCUAAAUAUGUCCCAAGGGCCCUGCUCAUUGACCUGGAGCCUGGAACCAUGGACAGUGUUAGGGGAAGCCGCAUCGGGGCCCUUUUUAGACCAGAUAACUUCAUCCAUGGGAACUCAGGAGCUGGAAACAACUGGGCAAAGGGCCACUACACAGAGGGAGCAGAGCUGGUGGAGCAGGUUGUUGACAGGGUGAGAAAUGAGUGUGAAAGCUGUGACUGCCUCCAGGGCUUCCAGCUGGUCCACUCCCUUGGGGGGGGCACAGGCUCCGGGAUGGGGACCCUCAUCAUCAACAAGAUCAGAGAAGACUACCCCGACCGCAUUAUGAACAGCUUCAGCAUCAUGCCAUCCCCCAAAGUCUCUGACACGGUGGUGGAGCCCUACAACGCCACGCUGUCCAUCCACCAGCUUCUGGAGAACACUGACGAGACCUUCUGCAUUGACAACGAAGCCCUCUACGACAUCUGUUUCCGCACAUUAAAACUAACCACUCCCACCUACGGCGACCUCAACCACUUGGUCUCCUUAACCAUGAGUGGGGUCACCACCUCUCUGAGGUUCCCUGGACAGCUCAAUGCCGACUUGAGGAAGCUGGCCGUCAACAUGGUGCCCUUCCCUCGUCUCCACUUCUUCAUGCCGGGCUUUGCCCCUCUGACAGCACGAGGGAGCCAACAGUACCGAGCCCUCACCGUCCCCGAGCUGACCCAGCAGAUGUUUGACGCCCGCAACAUGAUGACAGCGUGCGACCCGAGGCGGGGGCGCUACCUCACUGUUGCCGGCAUCUUCCGCGGUAAGAUGUCGACCAAAGAAGUGGACGAACAGAUGCUUGCGAUCCAGCAGAAAAACAGCAACUACUUUGUGGACUGGAUUCCACACAAUGUCAAGGUCGCCGUGUGUGACAUCCCACCUCGAGGCCUGAGAAUGGCCUCCACGUUCAUCGGCAACAACACGGCCAUUCAGGAGAUAUUCCGUCGAGUGGGAGAGCAGUUCUCCGUGAUGUUCAGACGAAAGGCUUUCCUCCACUGGUACACCGGGGAGGGAAUGGAUGAAAUGGAGUUCACUGAGGCAGAGAACAACCUCAACGACCUUGUAUCCGAGUACCAGCAGUACCAAGAUGCCACUGCUGAUCUAGAUUGGGAAUUAGAAGAUGAAGAGGAGCUAGCCUCGCCAACAACAACAACACAGAGUCAGUCUCAAAUGGAGGUCAAAUUGGAAACAGUGACAGAGACAAGCCAAGAAACUGUAGAUGAAUAGACUGUACAGGCUGUACAACAUGUGAACAGACUUUUUUCUGACAUACGGACGUAGACGCCUCAUAUGGGUGAAUUGAAAUGCAGUGGAGCUUUAAUCUUGUGAUAUUACAUUUUACCUGUGGUUUCUUUUGAUACCUUUUAUCAGAAACAAGUAGGGCUGUCCCAGAUGCCACUUUUGGAGUCUCUAAGCGUCUGUGAAAUUUGAGUGUUUGAUAUUUCAACCAGAAUCCUGACUGAGGGACAAGAGAUGCCAACACCACUUGGCAAUCAACCACGGUUGGUAACUAAAACUAAACCAAACUGCCAAACUUACAAUUACAUUUUUUUUUUUAUUUAACGGAGCUCGAGGCUCCUUUUAAGAAAUUAGACUUUCUAGCGCCACCCUUCACCACUACGGCUGUCGGGGGUACUGCAGCCAACAGUGAAGCUGGCACGGGAGAAAGGGGAGAACGUGCAUGCAGCGUCAUGUGACGUCACAUCCGCAGGACAGCGCGGGAAAUUUGGGCCCGAAUUGCAGCACAUUUUGCAGCACACAGCCUGUUCAAGGUAAAGGAGAAAUACACUAGAGGGCUCAUUCUUUUGGGUUUGGAACGCUUCAUCUGACAUUAUUACUAGAAAACUUAAAACGUAUACGAAUUUUUUUCAUAAAUUCUGCCUCAAUCCGGCCUCAAGCUGCUUUAACUUUUAUUUAACCAGGAAUAAUCCCAUUGAGAUUAAAAUUUCUUUUGCAAGGGGGUCCUGGCCAAGAAGGCAGCACAAUAGGUCCACAUCAGUUAAACAUUGAAGAACAUUUAACAACAUCAACAAAACAGACAUCAAAAACAGCUAAAACAGUUUGGCAAUCACAUCCCUACAGUAUAAUCACUCAAUGUUCGAUAACAGAACAUGUGCAUUCAGUAGUCAGAUAGACCUUGAUCCUAAAAUCUACCAAACUUGGGAGAUGAUCCAAUUUAAGAUGACUCUGUAAUUUAUACCAGGACGAGGGUGCAAAUGCUUUGAAGGCACUUUCCCCAAAAACAGUCAGAGUACGAGGAAUAGUAUACAUUAUCAAUCUAUCGUGCCUGAGACUACAGCUUUUGGUGUUGACUUUAGGAACCAAGAGAAAACACAAAUAAGGGGGCAAGUCACACAAGAUGGCUUUAUAAAGAAAACAAUACCAGUGUUCCCAUCUACGAUUGUACAAAGAAGACCAGCCAACACUCUCAUAAAGACUACAGUGAUGAGUACGAAAACCUAAAUCUGUUACAAAUCUUAAUGCUGCAUAAUACACCAAAUCCAGCAUUUUCAGGGAGGAGAAAUUUGCAUGCAUGUAUAAGAUGUCACCGUAGUCAAGUAUUGAUACAAAAGUUGCCUUAAUCAGUCUUUUUCUAACAUUAAAGGAAAAACAACUUUUGCUUGGCAUUCAGCCAAUUAAAUUAUACCUGGCAUUCAGCAUUUUCAGCAUAGUCUUUGCAAAGUUUGAUUUUUUUCCAGAAUGUGGGCUGUGUACAGGCUUCUUCUUUUUUUUGGCAGCUUGCUAGCAUACAGAACCUUAAACUUGUGAAACUUGAUGUUUGCUUGUUCUGUAAAUCAAUACAGAGUCUUUUCCAUACCCUACGCAGCUAUGUGCUAUGAGCAUUUAUACCCGUUAGCAGCAGGGUUAUUAUCUAACUGUGCUGACUCUGUGACAUGGCUGUUAUACUAUUGACGUAUCUUUGAGGGUAGGAGGCUCCUUUGGGGGGCCCGUGACAUACAUGUAGCUGCCUGUGGACAAUUGUGACCGUGCAGACUUGACUCACCGUGGGCAUGUGUGUCCUACUGGUUUCUUUAAAUGCUGAACAACAGGAAUAUGAUUGGGAAUCCGAAGAUGCACAUUUAGUUUCAUUCAUGCCACAUUUCAGGCCAGCUGAACCAAAUCGAUGAUUUUUCUGAAUGGGACACUACAUGAGUAGAUGGUGUGCUCAGUCCACACGGUUACAAAUUUCUACAAAUGCCUGGAUCACAAAAGACCCAUGGACACUUGUGGACUGGUGCAGGUGAUGAAUUUAACAUAAUGCAGGUUUUGUGCUCAAGCAGACAGGGAGACCAUGGCUUUUACUGGCCCUCUUAAACAUUUCGAGUGACAUGACUCCAAUUCUAUGCAGAAUAAUGGACCAGCUUAUAUCAACCCAAUAGCUGGUACCGUGUAAAAAUUAUGAACAAAUCAUAUAUUAUCGCAUCCUGCUAUAUUUUACAUUGUGUUUCAUAGUGAUUCACUUUGAGAAGAGCAAUUUGACAUAAGAAACAUACCAUAUUAAAUGUACCCAGAGUUUUUUUUCAAUGUUAGUUUCUGCUACAUAUUUUUAAAUGUCUAUAAAGCUAUAUAUUUGGAUACAGAGCAGAAUACUAAGCUAAUCAAUAAAUGCAUCAUCGAUUUAACACAGAACCAUGAAUGAAAAUGUACCAGCCAUAUGGUCAUGUAUUGCUUUCAUUGCGUUGCGUGAUAUUAAUGCUUGAUGAAACUAUGGCGCACAUAUUUAGAGUGCAACAAGUAGAUUGUCAAAUAUAUAUUUACAUUAAUGAAUAAUAAAUCAUAUUGUAGUUUUUUCUCCUUUCAUGUGCUUUUUAAUAUUUUUAUUUAUUUUAUGUCAAUAAAAAUAAGGACUCAAAUACCAUUUCUAAUUCUUAUUGUGAUUGUGAAGAUGAUCUGCUUUUAGGGAUUCCAGUCAGCACCUCAAAUAAGGUACUAUGACAUGAUUCAGCAGUGGUGCUAACCUUUAUUGGUAUUAUUCAAACAAUUUAUGUACUUGCCUGUUUGUUUGGGAGUUGUUAUAUAUUUUUAUAUUUGUAUGCAUAUUUCUAUUUUUAAUAGCUAUUUUUCCAUGUUUAUAAGGAAAACAAUUUAAAAUGCUAAUAAAAUAUAAGUAAAACUAAAGAGUGAUCAUUUUGAACAAAUGAAAAGUUAUU